UGAGCCUUCGUGCUUCGGAGUUCCGAGCUGCUCCGACUCCGAGCCAGCCGGCAUACUCGCCAUUUUUGUUGUUUUCGCGUCGUAGUCGUACCGUAGAAUUUCAAGAUGGCGCGAGCUGUCAAAGUUUUUCGACCGCGGAACGCUCAAUCGAUAGUUUUGAUUGCCGCUGUGCGACUCGCGAGAGUGGGCGAGCCUUGGGUCUGGUUUUGAGGUUAGGGUUAGUGACUCGGUGACACUGGAAACUGCGGUUACGAGUUCUUUCCGUGUGCGUGCGAGCGAACGCGGUGCCAGAACAGAACCGUCUCACGUUUUCGAGACGUUCUAUGGAACAGGACGUAUACAAGCACAAGCCCGAGCCCAUGCCAAUGCUACUUCGAAUACCGAUACCGGGCCAGACGAGCUGCAAGAUCGUAUCGUGAAAGCGUUCGUAAACUGACGAUACGAAACAUACAUACGUUCGAGAGGGAAUGGCACGCGUUCUCGCAACCGAUCUGCUUAUUUUCUGUGCACGAAUAAAAUCCUCGGAAACAAGGAAAUCUACGUACCGCUUUAGGCCAGCUAAAAAUAGCAGUUUCGUCCAUCGCGGUUCGUAGGCCUCUAUGUUCCUCGAUCAACGCUAUCGUGGUGCCAGUUCCAGUAUGUAUUUCUCGACAUUGUUUAAAAACGGAUCACGAUGUAACACGUGACAUAACGAUCCACCUCGUUUGUUCGCACGGUCCACUUGUUUCUUGCCGAUAGAAGAAAUCGAAAGCUAAAAUGCAAGUAACGACAUAGAAAGGGACAUGGUUUGAAAAACCAAGUAAGUUUGUAAAGGGUAGAAGGAAAAGAUGGACAAGAAACAGCGAGCUAGUGCGCCAAAAGUUUGAGUCGCAAUGGAUAAACAAGUGAAGUGAAGUGAAGUGAAGCGGAGUGAAGCGAAGUGAAGUAAAGUGAAAAUGUCACAAAUCGCGGAUGCCGAGAGUGAAGCCGGCUCCAUCUGCGACGAGGAACGCGUGAGGAAGUUGUUCCAAGCAUGCGACGGCGACGGAGAUGGUUUUAUCGACAGCCAAGAUCUGCUGACGGUGUGCAGGGAACUCAAUCUCGAGAAUUCGGUGGAGGAGUUGAUGAGGGAAUUAGGAGCGGAUGAGCACGGUCGCAUUUCCUAUCAAGAGUUCCUGAGACGACGGUUAGCUUUGCGACCAGAAAUCGAAGCUCUCAGGUCCGGCAAGCACCGAACUAGUCCACAUCAUACGCACACGCCAGAGUAUUUGCCUACCAGCAGCGACAACAGUCUCGGUACCGUAUCGGGCCGUCAUGAAAGUUGGGAAUUCGAUAGUGGAGCAAGAGAUCUCUCUCCGGAGCCUCAUACCCUUCAGAAGCUAGUGGAAGCUGCCGCAGGAGGAACCGGAAAUAUGCUGGAUUUGGCGAAUAAGCUUCACGCGGCCGCGCUCUCGUCCCUGCGAUCCGAGGUAGCUGAGCUAAACUCGAGACUGAUAACGGCAACUAGGGCAAGGGAAGCUGUCGAAGCGGCUUUGGUUCGAGCCGAGGUCCAAGCAGCGAGAGCCGAACAGAGAGCAGACCAACAAGCAGCGAGACACGAGGAAAGGCUUACAGAGUUGCACUCUGUGAUCGCCGAGCUCGGCAGGCAGCUCGAAAGGCAUCGAGCUACCGUAAUCGCCGAGGAGGAUGAGUCCGAAAUAGAGACGAGCAGAGAUGCGGAGGGCUCGAUCACGAAUCCGGUCGAAGAGAGCGAAGGUGGUGGCGAUAUCCAUGGUGACGGAGAUCGUACCUUAGCGGACGUCGAUUCCAGCUGCUGCGAAGAUAUCGAGCCGCGUGCUAUCGAGAAUGAGAGAGAACAGUUGGAUAGUCCGGCGGCGUUGCCGACCCCAGAGCCAACGCAUCAGGCAGUCUCGUGCCAAAGCGUGGCGGUGGCUACGUUACAGGAAGAGAUCACAGCUCUUCGAGCAGAAAUUGCGAGCCUACAAACGCAACUCGCUAGUUGUAAAAAUCACGCUAGCAGUCAGAAGCAGCACCAGCUUGACAGCGAAUCGCCUCGCAGAGAACCAAGAACAAGGGGCAACACCAGCUCGCCAGAACCUUUGAGUGCACCUUGUUCGCCGCUCUUACCACCUCUACAGACACCGCCGACAAAGAGCGUAACGAGGGAGGAAGCUCCGGUUCUGAAAAUGGCCGAGAGGGUGAGACUCAGAAGAACGGACGAGAGGCAUAUCACAGGACCCGAUAUUACCAACUUGGGGGUAUGCUCCACGAUGGUAGCAGAGCACUUGGUGUCCGAUUUGCUCGAGCACUCGAACCUUCAAGAACUGAACGGGUCCGAGAGACAGUUCGAAGUUGAAACGGAGAGACUGAACAGCAGACUAGAGCACGCGCGAGCAAACAACGCUGUCCUUGCGCUCACUUUGCACGAGAGCAAAGCGCAAUGCGAUAGAUUGAGCCUACUGGUAGGAAAGUACGAGUCAAAUGCUACCGCGUUACGCCUAGCUCUUUCCUACAGCGAUCGCGCGAUAGAAGCUUACGACGUUCUCGUAGCCUUGUUGGAAAGCGAGAUCGGUUUGUCAACGGAAAGAACCAGUACUACGAUCGAUAACCGAAGGGCAGCCGAGCACGUAGCCUAUCAUGUUUUGAAUAAAUUGGAAAACGACUGUACCAACACUCUAAAUGCACCGUGGGAGGAUAGCAUAGUCUUGUCGGAUGAAUCUGAAGUAACGUGGAGCGUCGAAGAUGAACAAAGGCUCAGAAGGCACAUCAGUAGACUAAAAGGAGAACGUGCUAUGGUCAGAUCGACCGCAGUGGAAUUGGAAAGUAUUCACUCGGAACCCUUGAACUCUAAGAACACCAUUUCUCUAGCAGAAGCUCGAAAAUUAGACUUGGAAACCGCCGUGUUAAUGCAGGAAUUGAUGGCUAUGCGAGAAGACAAAGCAGAGUUACGAGCACGCGUUUUCCUCUUGGAGAAGGAACGGGCUACCAUAGAAUUAAAAUUAAACGCACGCGACACGCAAAUUGCAGCCCAACAUGCUGCCAUUGAACAUCUCCAAGGCCAACUAAACGAUACGGAGGCCAUGCUAGCAAUGGCAUCGAAUAAAGAUCGAGGUUUGAGCGACAACGAAAGCGAAGGCAUAGAAUCCGAAUUGAUAGAGGCGCUAGGUCGAGAAGCUAGGCUAAAGGAACGAUUACAGGAACUAGUUUCGACGUUGGAUAAAGUUAACAAGAACUCCGAGCUAAGACAUCAACAGUCGGCUGAACUUGUCAAUGACCUGAAAAGAGCCAAUGGAGCUCUGGUACAGACUUUAGAGAAAUCCAAGAAAAAAUAUCAAUCCAGGCUGAAGAAGUUGGAACAACAAAUGUUAGGAAUGGUAGAAAGACAUGCCGCGCAGGCGAAAAUGCUGAAGCAACGCAUAGCAUUACUGGAGGAGGAAUCGGCAGGAUACAAAACCAGUCUACCGCUUCAGUCGCAAAGUUCUGGAGCCAGUGAAACGUCGUUAUGACAAUUGAGUGAUUAAUGAAAAUCAUUGGUCAUCGUCUCGACGCGGGAAUAUUUUUUAUUAUCUUUCCUGUCGUUGCAGUCUAAUCGAAACGAAGAUAAAAAUUUACGUAUUUUUCUACAGGAAUAGUUAUUCGAAAAUAAUGCUUGAUUAUUCGCUUUUUGUAAUUCUAUAAAAAAGAUUGCGCGUGUAGUGGCUAUCCUAACGAAUUUCAAUCACCAAGUUAGGCUUUGCGAAUCUGUUACCGAGAUACAUCGAUGCGUGCAAACUAUUUAACAAAGUCCUCCAGGUGUACCGUGACGUAUAAAUGAUUGUUACUUAAUAAUAUAUGUCGUUUAUAGACCGUGAUAUUCAUCUUGUACAUAUGUAUAUUUCAAGCAUUAAAGAGAAGCGUGAUACAUGUAAACUAUGAUGAAAUAAAUUGUGCUUUAUUAAA